AUGUCAUGCUCAAUCAAGAACCAUGACACAUGCCUCCCUAUAACGGCUAUCAAAUGUCUAAAUAUACCCAGCAGAAAAUUACUGCUAAAUGGGAGUGGCCCGUAUGUCCAGCUACUUGAUGAAUCCGAUGGCAUUCCUCUGGGUCGCUUUCGAGUGUUUGAACGAAAUGCUGUUCAUGGAAUUCAGGUCAUUGAAGAGUCCUGGAGGGAUGACGAUUAUUCUGCCUGCCUUUUAGUGUGGGGAGGGUAUUCCCUUCGCCUGAUUAAGCUCCAUUUGCGCAGAUCAGAUACUACAGACAAUACAUCUCUAUCCGCAGAGAGCGUCGAAUGUCGUGCGCCAGAUUGGAUUUUAGAUACAGCCAUUCCUGUUGCUAACUCCGAGAGGGAAGGGUGUAUCAAGGGUUUAUUAAUUACUGCACACAAUGUAGUUUUCACCCUUAGGUUUACCCUUCGCGAAACGGAACUGGAUGACGAAAGUAUUAUCCAAUUGCAAGAACUAGGGUCGACCCUGAGGCCUAUUCUUUAUUCUGCUGACAUUACUUGGAACUCCGACCGUGUCCUUGUUGCUGCUGGCACGGUAUUCGGUGAAAUAAUAAUAUGGUCCUGUCAUUUAGUAUUGGAUUCAGACCCAUGCGAAAGAGCUAAUGAUUCUAUCAUUAUCCACCACUUUUUCACUGGUCAUGAGGGAUCAAUCUUCGGAGUGGACAUUUCACCAGAUAUACCGAUAAGCGGCGGACAAGGAACGAAGAAAUUUGUUGCCAGUUGCAGCGACGAUAGAACUGUCCGUAUCUGGGAUAUAUCUUCAUGUGGCCGAGAACUCAUGAGCAACGGUAGCUCAGCUUCCAGGGAAAACAAUACAAGUGCCCGUGGAACCGGAUUUCAUAUAGCCCCAAUGGACGAAGCAUCUAUGGGCCAAGAAUUUUGUCUUGCAAAAGAAUAUGGCCAUGAAGCACGCAUAUGGGGCAUUCGGUUUCUUGACUUUGAGGUCUCCGACGGCCACAUCACUUUCAGUUUGAUAUCCAGGUCCGAGGAUUGCACUUCUAUGGUUUGGAAGCUCGUGGCGAAAUAUGAACAAACAAAUGGUGAAUAUAUAUUACGGAAGAGCCAAACUACAUUGAAGCCGGUGUCCUCUUAUUGCUAUCAUGUGGGCAAAAAUAUCUGGUCCAUGGAUGUGGUCGAUGAGGGUGGCUCAUUCGGCGUGUUCAGCGGAGGGGCUGACAGCAAUAUAACAUCCCUCAUCAUUCCACAGCUAACUGGAGUGUACGAUAUCGGAAGAUGGACAAAGUCUUAUACCUCCGAGGAAGUUUAUAAUGAGUUCCUUCGCAUUAAGAACAGCCCAAUUGAGUGCAAUAGACGCAUGAAGAAUUCUAGGAAUGACGGCAAAAUCAACUCGUUUGGUUUUAUUUCGGAAGACUCCGUUAUCGCGCCAUUUACUGAAGGGGUUGCUCUCCUUGGUCAGGUUUCUAAAGCCGACCAGAAAGAUGUACAAACACGGGAUGUACGUGUAAUAAAUUGGAGUACAAUUCCUACUGUUGAGGGAAUAGGUUCCUACGGGGCAAUAUCUGGAAUCCCUAAGAGAGGGAUUGGGCUAAUAGGCACGAGCACGGGGCGAAUAUUGUGGUACGAUCACAGCAGGAGAUGUAUGGAGGUCCUGGCAGAUAUAGGUCGAGGCAUAUCUGAUAUCUUCAUCGUCCAGACACCCAAGGGGUAUGAUGAUACUGGCACCUCCCCUAUUGCGUUUAUAACUAGCUCCAGAGCAAUUUCGCACGCCAACCUCUUUAUUGUUGACUCUUCACCAUCUCCCAAAAUCCUUGCAAAACAGCAACUUGCCUUGCCUGCGGAAUUUGUGGUCUCAAGCGCACUUUCAGUCCCCUCCAUGUCAGUUCUGGUCCUGGGUGCUAGGUUGGGGAACAUGGUGGUGUUUCGUUUUAGCUCUGAAAUGCAGGGAGAGGUGGCAGAUGAUCCACUAUGCGACUUUCCAAUCCACAAGAGAGAUGCAGUUACAUCCAUUACAUACUUGCGGGAAGACCGAAAUUCAAAUUUUGUGGAUCUCAUUACAACCGGAAGGGAUGGAACCUACUGCAUUCAUCGACUUAAUAGGUCGGGUGCUCAGCUCACGAUAGAAAUCCUUCACCGAACGAAUCCGCCAUUCGGACAGUAUAUUGAGGGGUCCAGGCUGGAUCCUGAGACGGGACACCUGAUAUUAUGGGGAUUCCGAAGCACAUAUUUUGUUUUGUGGAAUGAGACAAUUCAGGCUGAGAUAUUUUCAGUAGAUUGUGGAGGUGCUCAUAGACGAUGGGCAUAUCACUUUGGAAAUAUGGGCCAUAUGCUUCUGUGGAUUAAAGCAUCAACUUUUAACGUUAUGUCAGAGCAAUUUCAAUGCCAUCGCCGUGUACGACAAGGCGGGCAUGGUAGGGAAAUCAAAGCCAUGUCAAUUUCCAAAAUGCAAGUUGAUAGCACAAAGACCCCAUGGACGGUACUUGCAACCGGCGCGGAAGAUACCGAAAUUCGUUUUUUUACGCUUAACAAAGGGGAAGAAGGGGAAGGUGGCUUUCGUUCUAUACGAGCCAUCAAGAAGCAUAGUGCAGGUUUGCAGCAUCUCCAGUGGUCGACUAACGGCAAUUUCUUGUUCAGCAGUGCCGGGAGGGAGGAGUUCUAUGUCUGGAGAAUUAGAUGGAUACCUGGAUUUGGCAUCGGUGUUUUGAAUGAAGGUGAAGCACCCAAGUCACGGGCGAAUUCUGAUCUACGGACAACACAUUUCGAUAUUAUCAGCCUUGCAAGGGAUGAUUGUGCGCGCGAAUCAUUCUUGAUCGCCAUGGCGUACUCUAAUUCGACUGCAAAGGUGUUCCACUACUCGUCAUCUACAGAAGGUGGGGAGUUCACGCUCCUAGCGCAGGGGUUAUAUACAAGCAACUGCCUUACACAAAUCCGGCUGGUGAUAUCGGGUUGUGAGCUGCAUCUUGUCACAGGCUCGACAGAUGGACACAUUGCAGUUUGGGAUUUAACACCAUCGAUGAAGCCAUAUUUUGAUUUUGGCGGCAGAUCUAUCAAGCGCAGGGAUGCUGUACCGCUACCUGCCGAGCCGGCGUCGAUCAAAUGGGAAGAUCGCAGACCCGCACACCAAAGUAGCAUAAAGGCAAUGGAGCUGCUCUCGCUAUCAGAUACGCAAGUCCUGCUCAUCACUGGCGGAGAUGACAACUGCCUCGCCUUUUCGACCCUUGAAUUCGCAGGCUCUUCAGCCUCCGAACCUCAUCCGAACCUUAUAAGCCGCUUCACAACGGCUUCAUAUCCGAAUGCGCAUGCGUCGGCAAUUAAUGCCAUCACCCAGGUGCGGCCUAUUGACCAUGGAGUGGAUGGAAAGACGGCCAAUUUCCUUGUCGCUUCAAGCGGGAACGACCAAAGGAUCAAACUAUGGUCUGCAUCGGCUGAUUGCAUAGACGGGGGUGUGCGGGCAUCUCUGCAGGGCGAUGUGUACACCGCCGUAGCCGAUCUGUCUGCGAUAGAUCAAUUCACGGCGCACGCCAACGGGGCAGACAGGGAGCACCUUGUUCUCUGCGGUGUUGGGAUGGAAAUGUGGGAAGUUUGUACAUAG